AGUCGACAUUGUCGGGAAGACAUGGAGAUGCUCCUCCUGGUUGCUGGACUGUUUGUAGUAGCAAAUGGACAAGUUAAUUAUGCUCCAGUAUUCGACACUGUCAAUACAACAGGUAUAGAUGGAGACUUGCGACAAAGACUUGUCACACAGGGUGUUCUGGAGAGUGUUGCAAUAGGAACAGAACUUGGAAAAUUGAAAGCCCAUGUUCCCCAAAAUCCUAAUGCAGUAGUACUAUAUGAAGCUUUAAGCCAGCAGACUUUGGAUGUCAAACAGGAUGGAUCCGUCUUGCUUGCCAGGCCAUUGGAUAGAGAGGCAGCUUCUUCAACAGGAAAUAAUUUGAAGGUGAUAUUUGUGGCUUACUAUAUCACAAACCAGGGAGUUAGACUGUCUGCUGAUACCUCCAUUACUAUCACAGUUCUGGAUGUCAAUGAUGAAGUACCAACUUUUCAAAAUUUACCAUACAAUGCAAAAGUAGCAGAGAAUGCUUUGAUUGGAACAACUUUGUACAGUUCCAUUCUAGUGCGAGAUCUAGAUGUUGGUUACUAUUCCGAGAUCCAACUCUCCUGUUAUGUCAUUCCAGACAAUCAAGAGAGCCAGUCAGCCUGCGACACUUUUGGAUUAAACACACGACAGAACUCCCAGGGUAACUACACAGGAUUUGUGUAUCUCAAGAGAACAGUGGAUUAUGAAGUUAAGAAAGGAUACACAAUGACCAUCAAAUCCAUUGACAACCCUUCUCGACUUGGAGGUGGCUCACAGCUGAGCUCGACAAUCAACAUUCUGAUAGAAGUGAUUGACCAACAAGAUUCUCCUCCCCGAUUCCUCAAUACCCCAGUCACAGUUACUGUGUAUGAAAAUACUCCAAAUGGUACAAGAUUAGGUGCCAUCACUGCACAAGAUGGAGAUGAAGGAAGCCCUCGACCAAUCAAAAUAGUCAAUAAAGACCCUUCCAACCUGUUCCUCAUUACUCCAGCGGAGUCAAUAGACAGCUCAAACCUUCGCUACAUGUCCCAAAUCAGGGUCCUGGGGAACAUUGACAGAGAAACCCAACUCGCCAGAUAUGAUUUUGAUGUUGAGGCAAUAGAGAUGGAGAAUGGUGUGGAAACUGAUCAGCGGGUCACAACCAAGGUCAUUGUAACUAUUCUGGAUGAAGACGACAACAUCCCGAAAUUUGAGCAUCCUGUUUAUAAUGUGUCAGUGUUAGAAAUGGACAGCAGUAGUUCCAUCGCAAAUUCAACCACUCCAUUACCAGGCCUUACUGUGAAAGUCUCUGACCCAGAUGAUGCAAGUAAUGCCUUGUUCAACAUAUCCAUCUUGAGUCAGCCAGUACCAGGACUCUUCAGAGUGACUCCCACUCAGGCUUCACAACUGGCACAAGCCUCUCUCAUUGUCACUGACGCCAAACAACUGGAUUACGAGAACCCAAAUGUCCGCACACAACAGAUCUUGUUGUUAGCUCAAGAUGUCAACAAUCCCAUUAACCAUUCGUCCACUACAACGGUGAUCAUUAAUUUGGAGGAUAGUAAUGAUAAUACGCCAGUAUUUCAAGCCUCUGAGUACUCUGCCUCAGUGAGAGAAGACCGAGCUGUCGGCAGCUCCAUCAUCACCAUCACUGGUUCAGAUAGAGACAGUGGAGAAAAUGGACGUUUAGAGUAUUCACUUCGUGGCACAGGAUUAGAAAAGUUCAAUGUCAACCCAUCCACAGGUCUUGUUACUCUAGCCCAGGCACUAGAUUAUGAGGACACAACAUCCUAUCAGCUGUUAUUUAGGGCCCAGGAUAAGGGAAGCCCCAGUCGUGAGUCUGCUGUUAGCCUGACAAUUUCUGUUCUCAACUAUAAUGAUUUUGGACCAAUCUUCAGUCCUGAUUCUUAUCAAACCUCUGUGAAUGAAGGAGAAACCAACAUUUUGAUCCCCGUUAUUGUGAAGGCUCGAGACAGAGAAUCUCUGGAUGACAUUACCUACACUAUUGUUGCUGGAAACACUGUUGAUAAUGCCUUUAUUCUAAACAGUAGAACGGGAGUACUCUCCCUGUCCAGGGGACUUAACUAUGAAGAGACCCCCCAGAGGAGGGGAUAUUUCAGACUGAUUGUACAAGCAACCGAUGCUGAUGUCCCCCCACAGUCUGCUAACACAACUAUAGAUGUCUUAAUCAUUGACAAGAACAACCAUGACCCACAAUUUUUACAGUCUCAGUACACAGCUCAGAUCAGUGAGGGAUCUGCUCCAGGAUCCUUUGUAAAGACUGUGUCAGCUACUGAUCAGGACUUUGGAUCCAAUGGAAAUAUUUCUUAUUAUAUCUGGAGUGGAGGGCUGGACCACUUCACCAUUGACCAACAGGGACAGGUCACAGUUAGUGGUGGGGCAGCCUUAGAUGUGGACAAUGUCAGGAGAUAUGACAUCACAAUCCAUGCCCGAGACAAGGGCAGUCCUCCCAGGACUGGAUCCACCACCCUCAUUGUGACUCUCACAGAUUCCAACAACAAAGAUCCAUUCUUUUCAAAACAAGUGUACAUUGGAUCAGUACAAGAAACUGUUUCUAUCGGGACAUCUGUAAUACAAGUGAGGGCUAAUGACACCGACAGCACCAAGUCACUUCAGUAUUCCAUAGACAGACUUUCCAUUAUUGCAAAAAGUACAGAUGGAACACAGAUUCGAACAUAUUAUCCUUAUGACUUCAGGGAAGCCUUUGAAAUAGAGCCUACAUCUGGUGUGAUUAAGGUGAAAUCAGCCCUUAGUCGUGACAGUGCAGCUGAAAUAGAUUUCAAUGUUAUUGUUAAGGAUGUAAAUGCUGAAAAUAAUAAGGAACAAACAGCCAAAGCCCUCGUGUUGAUAACAAUUCUGGGUUCAGCUGAUCUUACCCCCUACUUUGCCCCUCCAUGGACUGUAACAAACCCUACAUAUUAUUACACUCUGCCUGAGGAAGUGGCCAUUGGUACAGUCACAUCUACCCUUAUAGCCACAGACCCCAAAGGACCAUUCCAAAUCACUAACUUCCAGGAAGUAGCAGAACCUAACAUGGGCGAUGUAGGGGAUUACUUCUCUGUCAAUCAAACAACAGGGCAGAUUAAAGUAAAUAGACGUUUGGAUUAUGAGAACUUGAACUCCAAACUGGUCAGAUUCCGUGUACGAGCAUUUUCUCGAGAUGGCACCCGCAGUGUGGAUGCUAACAUCACCAUUCAAGUUCAGGACAUCAAUGAUAAUGUCCCAGAAUUCACACAAGCAAAAUAUACAGUCACUGUAUCAGAGGACCGAGUUUAUCCGUAUCAGAUUGCCACAGUGUUUGCUCGAGAUAGAGACAGUGGAAGUUAUUCCGAGAUCGAGUACUCGCUCAGUGGACAAGGCUUUGACAAAUUCAUGAUCCUAAAAUCAACUAAUGAAGUUGGAGUUGGACUGAUUUUGAUCGGUGACGGAACAAUUUUGGACCAUGAGACAACCCCAGAGUACAACCUACUGUUAACUGCCCAAGACAAUCCAUCAGCACAGUCCUCAGAAGUCCGACAGAGGUCAUCAGUACCUUUGACCAUAAAAGUAACAGAUAUAAAUGACAACCCCCCAGUGUUCUCCAGCAGUGAGUAUUCUUUCCUGACCGUAGAGAGCUAUGAUCUCAACACCAACAUUGGAGAGGUACGCGCCACUGACCUUGACAGUGGGGUCAAUGGAGAGAUAGAUUAUACCAUAGUAUCAGUAGAGCCUGCUCCAAGAACACCAGAGGAGGACUACUUUGGAAUUUCAUCAGAAAGUGGCAUGUUGUACAGCAAAAACUCCCUUAGAGGAGCAUCUGCCAAAUCCCCAUACAGACUGGUGAUCCAGGCCCAGGACCGUGGCAUCCCUGUCCUAAUUAGUUCAUGUAUUGUAAAUAUCAAUGUUAGUAGUGGACAACUGGACAAUGGAAAACCUAUCUGGAUCUCACCUCGUUUUGGGGACUCCAAUGUUGUAACUAUUAUGAACAUAACUGAGCAUGCUGAUCUUGGAACUGCUGUGAUCCGAGCCCUAGCUGUGCCCCGUACUCCAGGAGCAUCUAUUGAGUACUCAAUCCUCAGUGAUAAUGAGGAUGUGUCCGAGUUUGUGAUUGACAAGGACACAGGGAUUGUCACAGUGGCCCGUAACCGCACACUGGACAGAGAAAAACAAGAGACACAUGAUUUGAUCUUGCUUGCAACUGAUACAUUAAACAGAACUCUGCAGAGCACUCGACUUCUGUCCAUUAAACUACAGGACAUAAAUGAUGAAGACCCUUCCUUUAAGAACUGUCCAGAUAGACAGUAUGACAUUCCAACAGAGACCUCUGUUCGUGAGAGUGAGCCGGUGGGGACAGUAGUGUACACAGCUAGAGCAUGUGAUCUGGAUCUGUCUCCAUACAACUCAGUCCAGUACAGCUUCUUCACCGAUGACAGCUUAUACUGUUUCUCAAACAUCUCCCAGAGUUUUAGAGUUGAUGCCUCAACUGGAGUAAUCACCACAAAUCAAGUUCUUGACAGAGAAUCUCAGGGUACCUACCUCAUCUGUGUCCAAGCCAAAAAACCUGGCACACGUAGGAAACGAGAACUUCCCAGUAAACAGGAGCUGGAGACAAAACUUCAGCAGUACACCGGUGAUGAUGUUCUGUUUCUCCUGGUGUCUGUUUCAGAUGUUAAUGACAAUAAACCAACAUUCUCCUUAACCAGCGACUAUACUUAUAUUUUUGCCUAUCCCACAAAGGACAAUGUUUAUCAGCUAACCGCUAGUGACCCUGACAUUGGGGACAAAGGUCGAGUUCGAUAUAGCAUCAUUCAGUCCCAGUAUAUCAACACAGCCAAGAGGAGGAACAUUUCAGUGUUUGAUGCAUUCAAGAUAAACACUGAAACUGGUCAGAUCUCAGUUGGCUUCCAAGCCUAUAAAUAUUUCAUUGGAGGAUAUUUUGAACUGACAAUUAAAGGGGAAGACUACCUCAGAUCUGAGAUGUACAGUACAUACAAGUUAAAGAUUUACAUUGGUGAAAAAUCAAGUCAAGUUCGAGUUGUGAUGGCUUCAGAUUCAAGUCGUAACCAGCAGCAGUUUGUUGAUGAUCUGGAACGGAGUUUAAAUGGCAGUCCUGAUUCUGUGCUGUAUAUUCCUACAGACACUCGCUACCAUGUUACAGCCACAGGCACCAGUGCUAAUCAGAUAGAUAUCUGUUUCUUUGUUGUGAGAAAUAACCGUGUUGUGGAUUCUUAUGAUGGUACGGCAGCUUUAGGUGAUGUUCAGUCAAUACUUACUUCCAAGAAUGUCUAUAGUCCAGGGCCCUGUGAGCCAGCCACCACUAAGACAUUAGAGGGGUGGUCUGCUUUCUGGUGGGUCCUGGUAGCCUUUGCCAUUUUCAUGUUUGUCAUCAUUGUCAUCCUGAUUUUCGCUGUCAUCGUCCUUUAUAAUGAUUACAAAGAUUCAAUGCAAGCAAGAACAACUGUGCAUAUAGUUCACUAGAUGGAAAAAGAGUGAUGAUGGAAUUAAAUUCUUAAGAGUGCAUGAGGAGAGUCUUCAGAAUCUUGACUUUACUGGAAAUCCUUGUCUCCACAUAGCUUCAUGAUCCAGGCUUACAAAUAUCACAGCACAUAGAGAAACAUUUAAUGAGAAAAAGAUAAUUUUCAGUUAACAAGAAACUGUAUAAGAAAUCUUAAUCUUUGUAAAAAGGAAAGUUAAAAUAUUUUGUAACAGUCAUGAUUUUACUGAGAGUUUUCACAUCUGGCAAAGAGAGAAAAGUGUCAUUUUUUUAUAUGAACAUAUAUAGUAACUUGCCAUAACUUAGGAAAUAUUCUGAAUGAAUGUCUUUCAGUGUGUGAGGAGAGUGAAAAGUGCUGCUUGAUUGCGGAAAAGAAAGUGUUAGAAAAUAUGCUGAUGAGGACACUUCAGGGUUAUUACUCACUAAAAUUAUAAACAAUGAGUUACCUUUUCAUUUGUGUGAAAGCAAUAACAAUUAUCUGAAUAUCGAGAUAUACAAACAUUCCAGUUUUUUGAAGUAAUAUUCCAAGGCCUGCUUUGGAAAUUUUUUUUUUGAAAAUUCUAACAAAGAUUAAUCUUUUUAAAGGGGUCUGGACACAGUUGCAUUGUUUAUCUUUUAUAUUUCUAUGCUUAUUAAAAAAAAUAAAACCCGUUAAAUGAAUUGAACUUGCAUGAAUAUUCUAAGAUUCAAUGACAACAUUCUUCUUUACAUCAUGUCAAUCAUCUGUGUUUGAAAACAGGGCACAAGCUCUGUUAUGUUAAUGUUUGCUUUUCAUGGGGUGUGUUCAAUUUGUUAAACUCUGCACACAUCACUGAGUAUGGACUAACAAUACUGGUGAGUUGGUUUUGCUUUCUCACAUUUCUACUCUGAAUUUUUGGAUUAUAGUUUUAAUAUUUUUCAUUAAUGCAUAACAAAAUUUCUACUUUCCUUAAGUAUUAAGGAUAAAGUUUACUUUGUGAAAGUGCAAGGAUGUGUCAAUCAAACGUGUCCCGAAAUUCGUAGUAUCAAUUAUUUCUAGAUAAAAAAACAUUUCUGAACACACUUUUAUUAUAUUUCCAAAUGAAAUGCUAUAGCAACAUAUUAGCCAUGAUAUUAUACAGAAAAUUUGUGAAAAUAUUAACUUCAAAUCUUUGUCCAGGCCCCUUUAAGAAAAUUAUUCAUUUAUUGAGAGCAGGAUAAGGUUGUUAUUGUUAAUCUUUGUCUCGGUUAGUGAUGUGUAUUUUCAUAUAUUUUUAUAUUAUUUAUACAUAUUUUUGUACUAUGAUGCAAUUUUGAUAAAAUAUUUUUAUUCAA